AUGGCGUCACCAUCUGAGGAGAAAAGAAGGAGCCAUGUCAUCACUAUAGAUCCAGAUGAAACUGUCUUGACUGCCUUUCCCUAUAGACCUCAUAACUCUCUGCUGGAUUUCCUGAAGGGGGAGCCAAAAGUUUUGGGGGCUAUCCAGAUUCUUCUUUCUCUGAUCAUUGCGGGCCUUGGGAUUAUAUUAGCAUUUAAUUUCAUCUUUUUCUCCAAAAAAUUUCCAAUUGUGAUCCUCACAGGAUAUCCAUUCUGGGGAGCAUUUAUUUUUUUCCUGACAGGAUUCAUCUCAGUGUUCAAUGAUAAAUCAAGACAGAUUCUGGAACAAGGAAUCAUGACCAUGAAUAUCUUCAGCUCAUUGGUUGCGUUAGCUGGGAUGGCCUUGAUCUUCAUCAGCUUCACACAGCAGCACAAAUUCUGUCAGAUGCCCUCCCUCGAAGGAACAUGUGUUAUAGGCAGAACACUUCUCCUUGGAAUUCUGUCAGUCUUAUUAAUCAUCACUAUAGCAGAGUUCAGCAUCUCUGUGACUAUUGCAUCCUUAAGAAGCAGGUGCUGGACCAGUUCAAGAGAGGCUAUAUUCUUUUUUCCUUCAGAAGUUCCUCAAAAUACUGAACAGACUGUGCCAGAAGAAAAUAAUCAAUUACAAUUUGAGUUUCAAGGAAAAUCUCCCAGUGGUAAUACAGCUUCAAACAUAAAAACCAUUUUCUUAGGGGGUUAUGCUUUCUUCAAGUUAAGAGUCUCAAGCAAUCCUUCAGCUCCCACACCUCCCAAAAAUAUCCCACAGAAAAGUGAUAAGGGAACAUCUUCUAUGCGUGUUCCAGAUGAACAGGAGACUCUUCCUCAGUUCCUACAAGAGGAUAAAACUAAACUGAAUUCUUUACCUCCCCCAUUAACACCAAAGUCUUCAGAAAAUAUUCCUUCUCCAAAAAAGUCUAGAAGUAAUAACCUGAAAGACGAGGACCUAGAAGCUAUUACAAGUCAAACCUCUGAUCUGCAACCCAAAUUGCUUGACAACAAAAAUGUGUCACUUGCAUCUCUUAAAAGUCCAUCCUCACAUGAUUUCCUCCCUUUGUUACCUGACACUUUAUCAUCCCAAACAUUAAUGGCAGGUCUGUCAACACAAGUUUUACGAUCUAAACCCCCAUCAUCCCGUAUUUCUUAUGAUUUGACAUCUGAAGACUUGCCUUUUGAAGACAUGCCAUCUCAAGAAACUCCAUCCCAAGACACCCCAUCCCAAGAUAUGCAAUUCCAAGAUAUACUAACUCAAGACCUACUAUCUCAAGAGACUCCAUCCCUAGGGAGUCCAUACCAAGAGCUGUCAUUCCAAGAUAUACUAAGUAAAGACAUGUCAUCCCAAGAUACUCCAUCCCAAAAGACUCCAUCCCAAGGAACCCCAUACCAAGAUAUCCUAUCCCAAAAGACUCCAUCCCAAGAAACUCCAUACCAAGAUACCCCAUCCCAAAAGACUCCAUCCCAAGAAACUCCAUUCCAAGAUACCCCAUCCCAAAAGACUCCAUCCGAAGCAUACCAAGAUAUCCUAUCCCAAAAGACUCCAUCCCAAGAAACUCCAUACCAAGAUACCCCAUCCCAAAAGACUCCAUCCGAAGCAUACCAAGAUAUACUAUCCCAAAAGACUCCAUCCCAGGCAACCCCAUACCAAGAUACUCUAUCCCAAAAGACUCCAUCUGAAGCAUACCAAGAUAUCCCAUCCCAAAAGACUCCAUCCCAAACAACCCCAUACCAAGAUACCCCAUCCCAAAAGACUCCAUCUCAAGCAUACCAAGAUAUCCCAUCCCAAAAGACUCCAUCCCAAGAAACCCUAUACCAAGAUAUCCCAUCCCAAAAGACUCCAUCUGAAGCAUACCAAGAUAUCCCAUCCCAAAAGACUCCAUCCCAAGAAACCCUAUACCAAGAUAUCCCAUCCCAAAAGACUCCAUCCGAAGCAUACCAAGAUAUCCCAUCCCCAAAGACUCCAUCCCAAGAAACUCCUUACCAAGAUACUCUAUCCCAAAAGACUUCAUCUCAAGAAACUCCAUACCAAGAUAUACUAACUCUAGACAUACCAUCCCAAGACACUCAAGCUGAAGAGACUCCACCACAAGAGAUUCCCUCCCAAGAUACUGCAUCCCAGGAUAUGAAAUUCCAAGAUGUACUAUCUCAAGACAAACUAUCCCAGAGCAUACAAACCCAAGAUUCAGCACCCCAUGACAUGUUAUUCUCAGAUCUUCAAGUACCAAACACUCAAGUUCAAAUCCAGCAAUAUCCAGAAAUAAUUUAUAGGGACAUUCGAACAGAAGUUAUGGAGUUGACUCAAGAAUGGAAAUCUGAUAUAGGCAAGAAAACCCCAAGAAGACUUUCCUUAUCCUUGACAGGCAAACAUGAAAAAGUCUCUCCCAAGAGACAUUCCCUGGACCUGCAAAUCAAAGGUGACAAACCCCCAAGGAGACAUUCUAUAGACUUACAACGGAAAACUUCAAGACGGAAAUCCAUAGAUCAACAAAUCAAAGCCUGGCUAACCCCAAAGAAGCACACCACAGAUAAACUAGAUGCAUAUACUCAAACCUCAGAGCAAUUCCUACAGCAAGGUCAGCAGCAGGCAAAUGAGGACAAGGUCCCAGUACAAGAAUCCCAAGAUGAGCAAAGCAAAGACCAAAAAUCUGUAGAGGAACUAUACCCAGAAGAACAGCUUAUUAAUGAAGAGGAAGAUCAGCAGUCUAAUAAAGAGCAACCAGAUCAGCAGUCUAGUAAAGAGCAACCUCCAGAAGAACAAGCUCAAGUUCAACAAGCUGAAGACCAGCAACCCCAAGAGCAGACAGCCCCAAAGAUCCAGCCCUCAAAUUGGCAACCAAGACAACAAGUGCUUGUAAAGAGAGUCCCAGUGCAGUCGUGUGAGGACUGGGACUCCCAAAGCUUCCUGUUCACAGAAAAGUCAUGUUCAUACUGGUCAGCUUCAUCCUGGCAGCCUGCUAGCCUGGGAUCCCAAGACUGGAGAAGUCAAGGCUGGAGAAACAAAGAUUGGAAAGCACAAGAAUGGCAGUUCGAAAUGCAUCCUUCCCUAGAAUCCCAAGAGCUAUUGGAGAGGGAAUCCUUAAGGCAAAGGGCACUAUACCAAGAAAUCCAACCCCGCAGCACCAUAGUCCAGUACACCCAAGAUCAUCAAUUGCAUAACUUUAUAUUUCAAGUAGGUCUGUGUCAAGGUAAUGACCAACAAGACUCUGAAUCUAGUGUUGUAAGAGGAGAUACGUAUGCAGACGAUGUACAAUCGAGAGACAGAGACCCUGGAGACACAGAAGAUACAUGCCAGAAACCAAAAGAUGAGCAGUCAGAAGACAUGAGGCCAGAUAAUUAUCCUGCUUCUUGUCAGAGCUUGGUUCCAUACACAUAUGUAACCUGUUUAUCCAAUAUAGCUUCAGAGCAAGAGGUACAGAACAGUUCACCACCCCAUUCAAAUUCAUCCAAAGAUCUGAAUGCUACUUCUUCCUCGUGGUGUCAGAGAGAUCAACCUCAAUCUGAAGAUUCAGACUAA